ACGUAAACGCUCGUGCCCCUUUUUGCGUUGCAAACACGGAAGAAGAGAAGGAGGAAAAGACAUUCCACGUCACUGGCGAGUAAUAUCGCUGUCGGCGCAAGGUGCUAUUUUUUCAAGGAAUUGAAAUUGUUCUUCAUGUUGGAUUUCUUGAUAGCAUGCUCUGCCGGUUGGAGUGUUUUGUACGAGAUAAAAUACCAGUUUGUUGGUGGAGCGGCCUAGUUUAAUUAUACUGGAAUUCCGCCGAAGGGUGCCAACGUUCCGCAGCUCUUAGAUGGGGGAGUCGGCGCCGCGUCGCUCCACGCUCGUCUCCCGCCUGCCCAUCUUCCGCCGCAGCAGCAGCAAGAAGCAGGACUCCCUCCCGUCCUCCCCCUCAUCGGGCGGCGUCGGGAAUGGCGUCCACACUUCCUCCCCCUCCAGCACCAACUCCAGCUCCGGCAGCACGGGCAAACGGCGGAGCCUGUUCCGGGCGCCGUCGCUCAGCUUUGCCUCCAAGCGCCACAGCGAGCCACGGGUGCAGCCGCCGAACCUCAACCUCACCCCUCCGCUGACGACGCAAGGGGGCACGGACGCCAACGGGAACACCCAGCAGACGACGGCGCCGACCGCCGUUCUGUCGCCGUCGGCAUCGGCCGACGGCGGGCGCACCAAGUCGCGGCACCACUUUGGGUUCGGCAGCCACAAGCAGAAAAAGAUCACGCGCUCUCUGACCGAGGAUUUUGACAAGGCCUCGUCCUCGUCCUCCUCGACCAAUCGCAACGUGUUCACAAACUGCAUCAGCAGCUCGGGGACCAACGAGGGGGACGAUUCUGGUUACCUUGACGACUACAGCAAGGCAAGCAGCAACAACAACAACAGGCGUUCGACGCGGCAGAAGAAGCAGCUGCUGCCCAAAUCCUUCUCGGCAAACCACCGCUUGUCUCGCACCUCAGACCCCAGCAGGCCUCCAGAGGUGACCCUGGAGCCCGCCGGAUCCACCGCGGCUGCUGCUCCCACCGGUGGACUCACCCCGGGGUCCUUCCCCGGCGAUCUGCUGGGCGCCGGGCCCGACAGCUCACUCCAGUCGCCCAUGAUGUCGGAGGACCGGACCACCGCUGUUACCCCUUCGGAAUUCAUCCCCAACACGGAGGACUCCGUAUCGGAGGUGGAGGCGCUCCCUGCACCCAGCCCUGCGUCUGCUGAAGGCCCCGGACCUCCCUCUCUCCCUGGGGAGGAGACUGACCCCGCUCCCGCUGAUCCUGCUCUCCUAGUCGAUAGCCUCAGCCAGCUGGACCCUACCUCCCAGGAGUUUUCCACACCGGCCCAGUCCUGCGCAGACCAGCCUCUCCAAGACACAAGCACCCCCAACCCCACCGACUAUGACACUGCCGUCUCCCAGUCAGAUCCAGAGACGGCUGUACCCUGCCUUCCCCUUCCGUCGCCAGCGUCGCCACCGUCACCACCACCGCCAACACCGCCAACACCGCCAGCCCCAGAGCAGCAGCAGCUGCAGCAGCAACAACAACAACAAUCACCGGUGGGGGUGAAGAAUGUGCAGGCCGAGCAGAGGGCGGAAGGAGUGCAGGAGAAGAGGACGUUGUAUCAGAGGGACAGGAAAGGGUCAGCGGAAGACAGGAAGUGUGGCUACCAGACGGAGACGACGAGCGAGAGUGAGGCCUGUGUGGUGCGCAGCGAGGGCUGGCGCCCGAACCCGGAGCCCACGGAGAGGAGUGGCAGGAACGCAGUCUCGGUGCAAGAAGUGGGUAGGGGCCACUGCUGCAGUCAUCAGGAGCACAGGCCCUCGCAACUCCGAAAGCCCCACGCAGCCUCCAUGUGCAGCAGUGUGAGCCCCUAUCACGGCGUCAUGAGGAUGGAGAGACGGCUGCGCUCGUCCUCCGAAGGGGCUGGUGGACCCCGUCUCCAAGGCAACCACGGUGACGCGCAUGGCAUCGAGGGCUUCGGUCUUAUCAAGCACAGGAACAACUCCUCCUCGUCCAAACUGGGCAGCCUGGAUAUGCUGAACAACAUGGGCUCCUCAGAGUUGGACGAAGAUGAUCUGAUGUUGGAUCUAGACCUCUCUGACGAUCAGCGCCAUCGCCAUGUUUCCAGGGAGGACUCGAGCCAGUCCCUCGCCUCGUGUCUGAACCUGCUGCCCUCCCCCAUAGAGGGGCCCACAGAACGCCCCCAAGGGAGAGAGAGCUUCCACAGACAGCCAAGCCGUCCAACCAGCCUGCUGCCCACCGACUGGACCUCGGCGCUGGGUUUGGGAAAGGAGGAAGACCCCCUGCCACCGGGUCUGGAGGCCCUGCCGCUCAGGCUGAUGCAGCAGGACUGCACUUCUGUGAAGACUCUGCUGCUGAGGCUGAGACGCACACUACAGGAGAGCACAGAGACGAGUCCCGCAAGCAGUCUCCAGUCUCUUCCCAUCAGCCCUUGCAGUGAGAAGUCCCUCCCUCUGAAGGAUCUCAGCAGAGAGGAGGCCCUUCUGCAGCAACUACGGGAAAAGGACGAGAUCAUUUUCCGUCUUCAGAAUGAACUGGAGAGUGCCAAAGCUGCCCUGAGGACGAAGGACUGCCAAACGACUGACCGCACGACACAGACAGAGCACACCGGCCCCGAGGCCAGCCUUCCAGGCCGGUGGGCCGGGCUAGGCAGCAGCAGCAGUCUGGCUCUAAGGGAGCGAAGGGGAGUGCGGGUCGGGGGGGGACUGGCUCUCGGAGGGGACCUCUCUAGCCAGCACCUCCCCCACCACUACCCGCGUCCACCCGCCACCGAGCGCUACACUGCCAGAGAGGAGCGCCACUGCCAGGGGGUCCUAGCACAGGCCUCGGCCCGCGCCGGAGCCUCAUCCUCGGGCGCAUCCCUAACUACAGCCCCAGGCUCCGGGGGCUUCAGCCGCCAGGCCGCGGCUCCCGCGGGUUCCCGAUUUCAAGCCUCCUUCCAGGCCUCCUCCCAGCCUGCCACCCAGCCUCCCACCCCUCCCACGGCCCAGGCCCCGUGCAGCGCCAGCUUGGCCCUCGCUGGGCCCCCGCCCGACGCCAGGCAGCCAGAGGGCCUGCUCUUCUCCUCCUCUGAGUCCCUAGCAGCCGGCGGCGGAGGUCCCUCCUGGGGGGGGGGGCGGCGAGCGGGCAGCAGGGACGGGCACCUCCCCCUCAGUCAGACCCCCUGCACCGGGGGCGGGGACGGCACCGCCGCCGCCCCCCCCUCCUCCACCUCCUCCAGCCCCCACAGCCUGGCGGGCCGGGGGAGCCCCUGCCCGAGCACCGCCUCCUCCUCCUCCCCCUCCUCCCCGCCGCCGCCGCCGCCACAGCCAACCCGCCCCACCUCCUCCUCCUCCUCGUCCUCCUCGUCCUCUUCCUCCGUGUCCUCGGCCUCCUCCUCCCUGUUCACGGGGCGGCUGGGCCAGCCCCCGCGGGGGCCCCUGUCCCUGCACAGCUACAGCCGCAAGAACGUCUUCCUCCAGCACUCCCUGCACACGGCCGAGCUGCAGGCGCUGGCGCACAGAGACGGCUGAGCUAAGGGACGCGCGCGCACACACGCACGCGCGCACAUGCACACAAAAUGUCAUCCACACACACUCACACAAACAAGACAUACGUGUGCACGUUCAAUCACACACAUAUGCAUAUGCACGCACGCGCGCACACACACACACUCACACACACACACAGACUUUUCCGAAGUUUAGACCCCAGCCAUUAUUGACAUUUGAGGUUAAGAACAAUGUGAGAUUUGAAAACAUAGACGCACAUAACCACACACACGCACAUACAGAGGCAUGAGGUGUGUAGACCACAAACACAUAAACACUCCUACACGUUAGGCUGUGAGAGUUAACAAGGCAGCUCAGCUAUCUGUCAAGGCCGCCUGCGCACUGUCACUCUGAGGGUUGAGAAGGUUGUAAGCCUGCAAAAUGGCACACACACACACACACACACACACACACACACACACACACACACACACACACACACACACACACACACACACACACACAGACCUGAGCACUGAGAAGCCUCAACUUGUGCAUAUGCACACGUGCACUUCACCGAACACAAACCGCCCACACACGCUAGUACACACUGUGACACACGCAGGUACACACACUGACACACUCACAUCUCCGCCACCUUUGAUGUCUCUCUGCUUGAGAUUCUAACCAAAUACCUGAGAGUUUACAAGUGGAGAGUCGGAGAUUAGCGCUGUAUAACUACAUGUCCAUAAGUGCGUUUAAAGAAGAAGGGGGGGGAAAAGAAAUGUCAAAAGAAGAAAAAAACUAACAUAUUUUUUAUCAAUUUGUUGUACCAUUCCAAUUCAUGUGCUGCUGAGGGAACUGCUCCAUAGCCACCGUAGUUUGCGAUGGUAAGAGUCUUAACGGAAACGGUGCCAAAUCCCACCUCAGACCUCGUCAGCGCUCACACACUUUAGGUAUUUCACCAAACUGCAUGCUUUUUAACUGUUACCGGGAGUUACCAGGGGAGGGAAAAGAACGUUUACUGCUGUGGACUUUUUGCACAGCAA